UCUUUCUUUCCGUUUAUCAUUCUUUCUUCUUAUCAUCCAUCCUAGAAACCCUUACUUAAUGCUGUAUUAUCGAAAGUAUCUUUCCUUUAUUCUAUAUCCUGCAUGUAUAUGCUUUGUUGUUUUUAUUCUUUCCCUUUUUAUUUCCUUUGUUCUUUUCGUUUUAUUUAACGACCACUUUUUCAUGAUUGCAUUGAUAUUUGAUUUAUCACUAACCUCCAUUUCUUGCGUUGUAUUCAUACAUUUAUAUUUUGCUAGAUGCUUUUGCAUAAAAAAAAAGUUAGAAAUUCCAUUAUUGAACAGGAGAAAAAAAAAUUUCAAUCGUGAGAAUGGUGAAAUAGCAUGUGCUUGUCUUCACGGUGUACCAGCGUUUACUCUUUUGUUUUCUUUGCUGUCUUUUACCACGAUCAAAUAAACAUGCCGCAAGGUUACAAAGUGGAUGUUGAAAAGGCAGUGGGCCACCAAUUUGAACCCGUUUACGUAAGUGGGUCAAAAGAAUCAGUCACUGGGGGUGCGCGAACCACUUAAUUGACCAACUUUUCUUCCUAGGUAAGCUGCAAUCGCCGCGAUUUUUUGCUCUAUGCCUUGUCCGUGGGAGUACCUGAUGACGAUUUACGGUGGC